AAAAAAAAAAAAAACUCAACACGCUCUCCCGAUCCCCCCCUUCCUCCCACCUCUCUCCGGCGAAUCCAGAACCUUCGACCGGCGCGGCGCGGCGCGGCAGCCAUGGCCGACGCGUACUGGAGGCAGGGGUACGGCGACCCGCGCCAGCAACAGCAGCAGCAGCAGCAGCAGCAGCUGAUGCUGCCUCCCUCCGCCAGGGCCCUGAACCCGGCCGCGGCGGCCGCCGCCGCAGGGCAGCAGCAGCAGCCCCUUAAGCGCCCCCGCCCCGCCGACUACCCCGCAGAUCUACCUGGUGCUCAUGAGAUGGCUGGCUAUUACCCUCGUGAGGAAGAUAGAGCAGGAUAUGCUGCCGUGAGAGAAACUCAGGCUCUUAAUGCUUCCUAUGAGCGUUUUCUACGUACCGGGCAAAUUCAGUCCUAUGGUGCUGGACCUGCCGGAGGAUCUAUUAGGCCUACUGCGGGGGCUAAUGCUGGUUACCAAGCUGAUGAUCGUCCAGUGGUGGCUGCUGGGGGUAUGGAUGGCAGGAAUGCUGGUUUUGGUGGUGGAAUUUCAGAACCUCCCCUUCCGCCAGAUGCCUCAAAUACCUUAUUCAUUGAAGGCAUCCCUACUGAUUGUGAACGCCGAGAAGUUUCUCAUAUCUUUCGACCAUUUGUUGGUUUUAAGGAGGUGAGGCUCGUAACCAAAGACCCAAGACAUCCUGGUGGUGAUCCAAUCGUGCUCUGCUUUGUUGAUUUUGCUAAUGCUGCUCAAGCAGCUGUUUCCAUGGAAGCUUUGCAAGGUUAUAAGUUUGAUGAACACGACCGGAAUUCACCUCACCUGCGGCUGCAAUUUGCACGUUUUACGGGUCCGAGGGGGCAAUCAGGACCUGGUGGUGGUGGUGGUGGUCGUGUUAGGCGUUAAGUUGUUGGCCAGGUCAUUUGUGAAUUUGCUCGGUCCAGACUUUUGUUGACCUAGCUGGAGGUUCUUGGUGCGCCGAUAAUGUCAGCUAAUUUAGUCACCUUGUUUGGCUUGACCACAUCGGCUGUCGAUGUGCGAUGAUGAUAUUUUUCUUGUUGUACACCAGAUAUAUUUCUCCUCAUAGUAAUAGUGUUGUAGUGUUCCAACUUUGUUACCCUGGCCUUGCAAAAUGUUUUUUUUACAAAAUUAACUGGUUAAAGAUGGGAGACGAAAAGGUUGCAGCUGUAAGCUAUGUCUGAAUCAUGUGGAAUUGUAUGUACAUAGUACUGUUUUUGCUGAUUAAUGCGUAUUGGGGUUGAGAAA